AUUGGCCAAUACGCCUGUCCGUUUCUUUCCUUCUGCGGUGACGCCUUCCGUACAAAUACGACGUUAGCGGGUUUCCUGGGUGUCAUUCGCGCCUUUCUGCUGAGAGCAGACCAUCAGUUUGAGUCCAGCAGGUCGCUGUUGAUACCGCGGAGAGCUUCGGCCUGUAGCUGGAGAGCUGGUGAUCCCCCCCUUCGGAGACAGAAACACCUAAGACCGCCAGCAUGUAUGUGGUAAAAAGAGAUGGACGCCAAGAGCGUGUCAUGUUUGAUAAAAUCACCUCUCGUAUCCAGAAGCUUUGCUAUGGGCUGAACUUGGAGUUUGUUGACCCAGCCCAGAUCACUAUGAAGGUGAUCCAGGGUUUGUACAGCGGGGUCACCACCGUGGAGCUCGACACACUGGCGGCAGAGAUUGCUGCCACUCUCACCACCAAAUACCCCGACUACGCCAUCCUCGCUGCACGCAUCGCCGUCUCCAACCUGCACAAAGAGACGAAGAAAGUGUUCAGCGAUGUCAUGGAGGACCUGUAUAACUACAUCAACCCUUUGAACAAACGCCACUCCCCCAUGAUUUCGAAAGAGACGCUCGAGGUUGUUCUCGCAAACAAGGACCGCCUCAACUCGGCCAUAAUCUACGACAGAGAUUUCUCCUACAACUUCUUCGGCUUCAAGACUCUGGAGCGCUCCUACCUGCUGAAGAUUGACAGCAAAGUGGCUGAGCGGCCGCAACACAUGCUCAUGAGAGUGGCCGUGGGAAUCCACGGGACAGAUAUCGACGCAGCCAUCGAGACCUACAACCUGCUGUCGGAGAAGUGGUUCACCCACGCUUCACCAACCCUCUUCAAUGCUGGAACCAACAGGCCACAGCUGUCUAGCUGCUUCCUGCUUGCAAUGAAGGACGACAGCAUCGAGGGCAUCUACGACACACUGAAGCAAUGCGCCCUCAUCUCCAAAUCGGCUGGCGGAAUCGGCGUAGCGGUCAGCUGCAUCAGAUCAACAGGGAGCUACAUCGCUGGCACCAACGGCUGCUCCAAUGGGCUCGUCCCCAUGCUGAGGGUCUACAACAACACUGCACGUUACGUCGACCAGGGGGGCAACAAAAGACCCGGAGCCUUCGCCAUGUACCUGGAGCCCUGGCAUUUUGAUGUGUUUGACUUCCUGGAGCUGAAGAAGAACACGGGAAAGGAAGAGCAGCGAGCGAGGGACCUUUUCUACGCCCUGUGGAUCCCUGACCUCUUCAUGAAGAGGGUGGAGAAUAAUGAAGACUGGUCCCUGAUGUGUCCGGCCGACUGCCCCGGGCUGGACGAGUGCUGGGGGGAGGAGUUUGAGGAGCUCUACACCAGAUACGAGAAGGAGGGGAGGGUCAAGCGUGUGGUGAAGGCUCAGCAGCUGUGGUACGCCAUCAUUGAGUCACAGACAGAAACUGGGACGCCGUACAUGCUGUACAAAGACGCCUGCAACAGGAAGAGCAACCAGCAGAAUCUGGGGACCAUCAAGUGCAGCAACCUCUGCACAGAAAUCGUCGAAUACACCAGCAAGGACGAGGUGGCUGUCUGCAAUCUGGCCUCCAUCGCUCUGAACAUGUACGUCACACCUGAGCGGACUUAUGACUUUAAAAAACUGGCAUCUGUGACCAAAGUAAUUGUCAGAAACUUAAACAAGAUUAUCGACAUAAACUACUACCCAGUGGAAGAGGCCAAGAGGUCUAAUAUGCGCCACAGGCCAAUAGGAAUUGGAGUCCAAGGAUUGGCUGACGCCUUUAUCCUGAUGCGUUAUCCAUUUGAAAGCCCUGAGGCUCAGCUGCUCAACAUCCAAAUCUUUGAGACCAUUUACUACGCUGCUCUGGAGGCGAGUUGUGAGUUAGCCACCGAACACGGCCCCUACGAGACGUACGAAGGUUCCCCGGUCAGUAAGGGCAUCUUCCAGUACGACAUGUGGAAGAAGACGCCAACAGACCUGUGGGACUGGAAGGCGCUGAAGGAGAAGGUCGCCAAACACGGCGUGAGGAACAGCCUGCUGCUGGCUCCAAUGCCAACGGCCUCCACCGCCCAGAUCCUGGGCAACAACGAGUCCAUCGAGGCCUACACCAGCAACAUCUACACCCGCAGGGUGCUGUCAGGAGAGUUUCAGAUCGUCAACCCUCACCUGCUCAAAGACCUGACGGAGAGGGGACUGUGGAGCGAGGACAUGAAGAACCAGCUGAUUGCUCACAGCGGAUCCAUUCAGGACAUCAACAAGAUCCCAGAUGAUUUGAAGCAGCUGUAUAAAACUGUGUGGGAGAUCUCCCAGAAAACAGUACUCAAGAUGGCCGCUGACCGUGGCGCCUUCAUCGACCAGAGCCAGUCUCUGAACAUCCACAUAGCCGAGCCGAACUACGGCAAGCUGACCAGCAUGCACUUCUAUGGCUGGAAACAGGGUCUAAAGACUGGCAUGUAUUACCUGAGGCCGAAGCCCGCUGCCAACCCCAUCCAGUUCACCCUGAACAAGGAGAAGCUGAAGGAGGGACAGCCGGCUAAGCCUUCGGAGCAGGAGAUCAAAGAGCUCAACACGGCAGCCAUGGUGUGCUCUCUGGAGAACAGGGACGAGUGCCUGAUGUGCGGAUCCUAAACAUCUCCGACCUGCUGAAACUGCACGGCAGCUGAAGCUUUGAUGGGCUUACCUUCUACAAAUGCUUCCACUACAGUUCAAACUUGACUGUUUUCCCCCGCUCAGGUGCACAGAAUCUCACUUUUUUAACAGUAAAUAAAGUUUUAAAUGAAA